ACAAAAAGGGCCCCACUGGUUCAAAUGAGGAUAGGGACCGUCCCGAGCUGAACUCUGCGUUACAAAUAGGAGCUGCGGUAUUCCAAGUGGAGCAGAGUGGAGGUGCGCCACACCGAUGAUAAUAUUAAAUAACAGCGCUGAGUGGAGCUGCAGUAUUAAAGCUGAGAAGGAGGCAGAGCAAAACGCCACUUCCUGAACCGGACAUAAAGACGUUUGGAGGACUCUUCAGAGGUGGCACGGUUGCUGCAUCCUGACGGUCCCAGUGAGCUCUCAGCACCGCACAGCCGUACUCUCCACCCUUAAAACCGAGGGGAGACUCACUCGACCCCCGACAGGAGUGAUGUUUGAAGAGGAAUCCCAGCAGAUGAGGGGGCAGCAGGAUGUGGCUGUGUACCAAGCGAUGGAGUCACCCGCAGCAGUGACUCCAAAUGGAGGAGGAGGAGGAGGAGGUCCUCUGUCCUUCACAGAUGAAGCAGUGUCCAUCCUGACCUCCAGCAGCCUGUUGGCGCGCUCCCUGCUGGGUCGCACCUCUGCCAUCAAACGCAAAGAAAGUCCUUCUUCCAGCAUCCGACGCAAGCGUGAGUUCAUCCCCGUUGACAAAAAGGACGAUGGCUACUGGGACAAGAGGAGGAAGAACAACGAGGCAGCCAAGCGUUCGCGGGAGAAGCGGCGUGUGAACGACAUGGUCUUGGAGAGCCGCGUUCUGGCUCUGCUGGAGGAAAAUGCUCGUCUCAGGGCAGAGCUGCUGGCUCUGAAGUUCCGCUUUGGCUUGGUCAAAGACCCCUCCAAUGCCCCCAUUCUGCCCCUCACUACAGCUUCUCACCAGGCAUCUCAAACCUUAAGUCCUCAUUAUUAUCUCCACAGAGGGGAUGGAGGCCUCCCCAGUUCCUCAACCUCACACCCCAACAACCAGACAGGCCAACUGAGCACCAGGGCCUCAAGGGAUGCUGGGAACAUGUCAGAGGACUCUGGGUUCUCUACACCAGGUGGAUCCAGUGUGGGCAGUCCAAUCUUCUUUGAAGACCGGCUGAGUGACCAUGGCAAAUUAUCACCACACAGGGCAGAAGAGCUGGGCUAUGAUCUCCACCACUCCCCUGGUGAUGUCCUCCACUCUACAACACUCACUGCAGAAAAGUUGGACCAAGCUGAAGCGAUGAAAAACCUUCCUCACAAGCUACGUUUCAAGACGCCUGGUAGCGGGGACACGGGUGAUGCUGCAGGGGACAACAGCACCGCCAGACGCAGUCCCACGCUAUCCACAGCCGGGCGGGAGGGUCCGAGAGAAGCCCCUAAAGGACUGAGUGUAGGUGAAACAGGAGCAGGGCACUGCACUGGCUCCUGGCUCCAGCAGGUGGAGGGGGAGGAACGCAGGAGGGGGAGACAGUCCCCUCAAUAUUACGCCUCAGCUGCUGGCUGUAGCCUCCAGCCUCCUUCGACGCAACAAACCGACUACCAGUAUAAGCAUGAGAACGUUCACUUGAAGUCUCAGCUCAACUCUUUGAGCGAGGAGGUGGCUCAGCUAAAGAAGCUUUUCACAGAGCAGCUCAUGGCCAAAGUCAACUGAGGACUGAGUCAGUCAGCAUUUGCCAACGUCUAGACUCCAAUGGACAAACAAAGUUUUGUUGUAAUUGAGCCUAGAAAUUCACUAACAGGAGGGCAAAGUCAACUUUCAAGUCUAACAAAAUUUAGCAAUGUUGUUUUUAUCUCAAAUACUGUAUUGUAUUGUAAUAAAAGUCUGUAAACAUUCAUCUCAUAACCUACUGUUUACUCAAUCUCAGCUCCAAUCAGUGUUGCUCAGACAGGAAGUCUUACCUAUAGACAUGUUAAGUGUAUCAUAGUUUCUUUACUUAAUACACUGUGACAGCUAAAAGACACACAUAAAACUGUUUACUUCCCAUCAUUACAAUGCAAGCUUGACUUAAAUGCCUCACUUCAUGAAGAGGCGACACCUUUCAGUGGUUCUGAGGCCACACAGAACUUGCUACACAGGUUUACCACCACUGAGACAGGUCUAUAAACACAAGCAGAGACAGACAGUAAAUACACACAGAAAUAAAACUAUUAGCUGUCCAAACCUCAGCUGGUUUUGACCGCCAAAAGAAAGGCUUAUUAUGAAUCAUAAAAGACGUGAGUUAGGCUUAUUUACCAUCACUUGUAAAGUGUCAUACAGUCAAGGAGCUCCUUUUACACUGUGUACUGUUUUGGUGUUUCACAUCUCACUUCACUCUCUGUUCAUGUCCAGCUUGAAUACAUGUUAUGACUGUCAUUGUUAUCUGUACUGAGGUGAUGACAAAAAUUUAAUGUCUGUUGUUUUUCUGUACAUUUUCAUAUUAAAAAUAAACACAUGAUCUAA